CUUUAGGUGCUGCAACUACUACAGUUUAACAUCACUGCCACCGUUACUAUGGAAGGUGCCGAUAUUGUUGAGUCGCCGCGCAAGCGGCUCAAGACUGAUAACACUCCUAUCACCGAGGAUGUUGCGCUUCCUUCCUCCAACGAGGCAAUUGCGCCAUCGGACGCCGCCAAACUCUCCGCGGAGGAGGCGAGAGAACUCGAGGUUGGAAUCACCGAGUUUGUCAGUGGCGAUAAUGAAGGAUUUUAUGGCAUCCUGAAGAAGAGAUAUACCGACUUCCUUGUCAACGAGAUCGUACCGUCCGGCGAAGUCCUGCAUCUACACAAUAUCCCCACCCCGGAAGCAGAACAGGAGAAGGCUAAGCCCGCGGAAACUCUCACGCCCAAACCCGCAGAGAAUGACCAGCAGGAGAAGCCAGAAGGAUCUGCAGAGAAGGAUGCUGCGCCAAGCGCAGAGAAUACGCCGGAAUUCCAGAUCCCCGAGGAAGACAUGGCCCACCUUGAAUCCCUGUUCGGCGAAGAGUCCACCAAGAAGAUUGUAUCGCUGAACAAGCGUGCCGUCCUCAAUCCCAAAUCGAAACCGAGCGACCUGCCCAAGAUUCCCACUCUUGUUGUCGAUGACCGCGACCUGCGCAUUAAGAUGCAUCAGGCCAUCCGUCGCAUCUUCAAAUCGCAACUCGAGUCUCAAACCGAUGGCGAAGGCAUGAUGGUUAUUUCUGCUGCGCCAAACCGGAACAACCGCAGUGCGCAGGGUGGACGCAACAAUGCACGUCCCCGCGUGCCGGUCAAUUGGGAUGAGCUGGGCGGUCCCUAUCUGCACUUCACUCUGUACAAGGAGAACAAGGAUACCAUGGAAGUCCUCUCGUUCAUCUCGCGGCAGCUGAAGAUUAACACGAAGAACUUCCAGUUCGCCGGAACCAAGGACCGCCGUGGUGUUACUGUUCAGAGAGCCUGUGCGCACCGUUUACAUGCUGAGCGCCUCGCAAAGAUCAACCCUACGCUCCGCAAUGCUGCUCUUGGCGAUUUCGAACAUUGCAAACAUGGCCUUGAUCUGGGAGAUCUGAAUGGUAACGAAUUCGUCAUCAGUCUCCGUGAGUGCGAUAUUCCGGGUGUUGACUUCAGCGACCGCGAGGCUGCCAUUGCCAAGGCAAAGGACGUCGUGGGCACCGCACUACGGAAUCUCCGCGAGCGUGGCUACUUCAACUACUUUGGUCUGCAACGUUUCGGUACUUUCGCUACACGCACAGACACAGUCGGCGUCAAGAUGCUCCAGGGCGACUUCAAGGGCGCCUGCGAUGCUAUCCUCCAGUACAGCCCUCAUGCUCUGGCUGCCGCUCAGGAGGGCGAGAACUCGACUGCCAUGGUCAGCUCCGACGACAAGGCCCGCGCAGAGGCAAUCCACAUUUUCGAAACUACCGGAAACGCCAACAAGGCUCUUGAGAAGCUUCCUCGUAAAUUCGCUGCGGAAUCCACCGUCAUGCGUCAACUCAGCCGUGCCCAGAACGAUUACCUUGGUGCUCUCCAAGCCAUCCCUCGUAAUCUGCGAUUGAUGUAUGUCCACGCCUACCAGUCCUUGGUGUGGAACUUUGCCGCCGGUGAGCGCUGGCGCUUGUACGGCGACAAGGUUGUCGAGGGUGAUCUCGUAUUGGUGCAUGAGCACAGCGACAAGGACGACGCCGGAGCAGCUGCCGCUGCGGGCGAGGUUGACGCCGAUGGCGAAGUCAUCAUCACCCCGCAGGCGGGAGACAGCGCCUACGUCUCUGAGGGAAUCACCCGUGCGCGUGCCUUGACGGCCGAGGAGGCAGCCAGCGGCAAGUACAGCAUCUUCGAUGUCGUUUUGACCCAGCCCGGCUACGAUGUCCUCUACCCGUCCAACAAGAUGACGGACUUCUACAAACAGUUCAUGGGCAGUGCCCAGGGUGGCGGUCUCGACCCCUUCGACAUGCGUCGCAAGUGGAGGGAGGUCAGUCUCACCGGUAGCUACCGCAAGCUGCUCAACCGUCCCGGACCCGACUUCUCCUUCGAUGUGCACGUGUAUAGCCAGGAUGAUGAGCAGUUCGUUCAGACCGACUUGGAGAAGCUCCAAGGCAAGAAGACUGAGACUGAAACCCCUGGUGAAGCGACACCGUCCUCCAAUGCGCAGGAGAAGCUUGCCAUUGUGCUCAAGUUCCAGCUUGGUUCGAGCCAGUAUGCCACCAUGGCUCUGAGGGAGCUGUCCAAGGGCAAGGUCAAGGCCUACCAGCCCGAUUUUGGCAAGGGUCGAUAGACGAUGGAUGUAUAUAUAGUAUAAGCUAGUUUUGUACAUACUGUGGGUAUAGAUUGACUUGCAACAUAAAUGAAUGCUACGUGAUAG